AUGUCAAAGGAGAGAUCCUCAGACACCACCCAAGAGUCAAGACCUCAAGAUUUUAUCAGUAUUUCUGCCAGCAAGAACAUUUCUGGUGAGGUCCCAGAGGGUAUAAAAGCAGAACCUUUGACCCCUACGGAGGAUGCAUUACCACCCAGUCUAUCGGGACAGGCCAAGCCUGAGGACAGUGAGUGUCACAGAAAAAUAGAGACUUGUGGCUCCCGGAAAUCUGAGAGGUCUUGCAAAGGUGCUCUUUAUAAAACCCUGGUGUCUGAGGGUAUGCUCACCUCUCUGCGAGCUAAUGUUGGCAGAGGGAAACGAAGGUCAGGAAAAGGAAAGUCCUCUGAUCGUGAAGAGUGUUGGCAUGAAGAAAGCUGGACAUUUCACCAGAGUGGGACCAGUGGAAGCAAGAAGUUCAAGAAGACAAAGCCAAAGGAAGACUCUCUCCUUGGCUCAGCAAAGCUGGAUGAAGAAUUUGAAAAGAAAUUCAACAGCCUCCCUCAGUAUAGUCCUGUUACAUUUGACCAGAAAUGUGUACCUGUCCCAAGAAAAAAGAAGAAGACCGGACAUAUGUCCUCAGAACCGACCCAAACCAGCAAAGGAAGUGGGGAUAAAUGGUCAAACAAGCAACUCUUCUUGGCUGCCAUUCACCCUACAGAAGCCAUAUUUUCAGAAGACAGAAACACCACAGAGCCUGCUUAUAAGGUUACAAAUGCCCCAUCCAUUCCCAACACUCCAGAGCCAACAAGGGUGCAAGAACCCUUGGUGGGCAGUCAAAAGAGAAAAGCAAGGAAAACCAAGAUCACACACCUUGUCAGGACAGCAGAUGGCCGGGUAUCACCAGCAGGAGGUACUUUGGAUGACAAACCAAAGGAACACCUGCAGAGGAGUCUUGUUAAGGUGACCGAGACAGGCUGCAAUGACGAAUGCUCACACAACCGAGAGGCCACGGAGACGCGGAGCAGCACCCCGGAGAUGCCCGCCGUGUCUGCGUUCUUCAGCCUCGCUGUGCCGGCCGAAGUGGCUGCCAUGGAAAAUGCAUAG